ACAACGACGAAGACAACGCAAGCCCUCGCUUCCUUCCCUCGCCGACUCAGAUCCCGCCGCCGCCGCCAUGCCGUUCACCCCGGGCCCCUACUCCGGCGUCAGCACCCUUGCCCUCGUGGCGAGGGCGUCGGCUUUCGGUGUUGGCGUCGUCUACGGGACCGUCAAGCUCUCCAUCCUCAAGGCGACAAAACCUAAAAAAGAGGAAGCACAUGCUCAUCACUAGGGUCAGGAAUGCAACGUGGUAGCUCAAAUGGAAGGAUGUCAUAAUUUGGCAGUGUACCCCUUGCUACGUGCAUUUGGUUUGAUCUGUGGACCUCUUGUCUGAAACCCAUCUGGGAGUUUUUACCUUAGUUUCGGUUCGUAAUAAGUCCCUGACUGAAUUGACUUAAAUCAGGAAGAAAGAAAGAAAGAAAGAGAGCCUCCUUUUCUGUUUUGCGAA